GAAGAAAAAAAAAGACUGUUCUGACAUAUUCUCACUAUGUCAUUCUGCAUCUCUCUAUGCCCUGAACUUUCCAGAUUUUUGACCAAAGCACCUCUUGGAGCUGCUAUGCAAGCCCCUGAAUCACUUUUAGCCUCUGAAUUAUUAUAUGCCCCUCCACAAUUCGGCCAACCACUCCCAGUACACCUCAAUCCGAGGUUUCCCGUUGUCCCCACCCUAAUCCUCACCAACCUUGCCCAUAGAGACAAGAAGUAUGAACUCCCUGCUGCUAACAUUCCAGCCUUACAAUAUUCAAAGCCGUUAAUUCAGUCUACUGUAUCUUGCUUUGGCCCAAGGGGCAUUGAGCGUAUGGCAUUCGUAUGCAUUACCAACCCCUGACUUUCUCAUUCCUUCAAGUCUUGCUGAUAAUUUUAACUAGUACUUUCUCACAAAGAUUGAGAAAACGCUCUACCACAUUUUCCGGUUAAAGCGGCGGGGACUAUAUAGCACGCUUGAAGGUCUCGCACGGAAGAUUGCAAGUGACUUUGUUUGGGCUGCUAUAGAGGGGUGCACAGCUACCUUUAAUAGCGAUCAUCUGUUGGACUUGGCCGAGACUCUGCUUGGAGGUCUCUUGGCCAAGCUGGAGGUUAGCGGUUUUCGACUUUCCUCAAUGCCAUUACCGGUAUUAUUAUUCCUCAGCUAAUAUGUGGUUUCACGUAUUUACGGGAUCUAUAGCUAGACUGGGAGUUUGCUUGCCGCUUUGCCGGCCGCGGUGGGGAGAGGCUUCGCGCUGCCUGGGUCGAGCGUUUGAAAAGGGCAGAGGACUGUGACCUUGAGAGCUAGCUUGCCGAUGGGGUAUAGGGACAGGUUAUUUGUGGAAAUUUUGGGAGGACUAGGUUUCGGAGCAGAGCUUAGGAUCCCAUUGGAGCAGACCAACGAUUGAGGGACUGUGAAGGCGUCCUUGAGCUGGUUGUCUGACUUUUUCUACUAGCCAUAGUUGGCUUUUUUCUUUCUUCUUUCCCCUCCGGGCACGAAAUCACUUGGAGAUAGAGAUUAUGGAGCAAUAGUGGCUUUAUCUAGCAGGGAAAACCCAUUGACCAGUUCUCGUGAGUGAUAUUAUAAG